GCGCAAUGCUGAAAAAUAAAGCGCCCAGUUUGUUCCUACAUAUCUUGCCAUCUCUGAAUCAGCUGUUAUGACUUGUCCCAUCAGGAAAGUAUCAUUCUCGGUACAUGUAAAUUAACCCUGCGGAGUGGUGGAGGUGGUGGAGGUGCUGUUCUUGAAGCUCAGCGGGGACCUGUUGAUAGUCCGCCGGCGCUGCAAUGGAGAUGCCAAACAGAGAAGAAUAACUGCCUUUAACUGAGGCAGAAAGUCACAAAGCAACAGUUCAUCUAAGCAAUCUGUCAAGCUAUGAUGGAAAUCAUGGAUACUCAGAGUGCCUUGGAGGCUGUGGAGAGACUGCAAGCCAAACUGAGGGAGAGAGGAGAGGCUCCCACACAGGAGAAACUCUCCCUGCUAAAAACUGUCCUGCAGAGCCCCCUGUUCCAUCAUAUACUCAGCUUACAGCAAGCUCAGCUGAAGCCCCGGGUGAAGAGGAAGGGCGUUUCUAAAUCUGUGUCCAUGAACUGUGGCCCCUGCCCAGACAUGGCUUUGAGCUUGAAGAUGCUGAGCCACAGUGACUCCUACACAUGGGCCAUGGAAAACCAAAGGCCCGGCGCUGCCAGAUCCUUCAACAGAGAUGGCAGCAUCUCUUCUCUGGACUCACAGGGUAUGCCAUUCUUGGACAUCUACCCGAACAACUGCAUUCACACUGAAUCACAGUACUGCACUCCCCCGCGAAUUUCUCGUACCUUCUCAAUGGGGAGAAACCUGUCUACUAUUGCUCAUGAGAAGCGUCAUGUGGAGAUGAUAGAACUGCACAAUGAUGGGAAAGGCCUCGGCUUUGGGAUUAUAGGAGGGCGGAGCACAGGGGUCAUGGUCAAGACCAUUCUUCCUGGAGGAGCUGCAGGACGGGAUAAGCGCCUGCGUAGUGGUGAUCAGAUUUUGCGCAUUGGAGAUACAGAUUUGGCUGGCAUGAACAGUGAGCAGGUGGCACAGGUGCUGCGAAAUGCUGGUAGCAAGGUGAAGCUGCUCAUUGCCAGGGAUAUUACCAAGGACAACCACCUUACAUCUCCUGUCCACGGCCAGGACAGCUUAGAUGGCAAGCUCAGUGACUUGAAUGAUGACUCCGAGUUCAAUGUGCAGUUCAUUAAAAACAGCCGGGGCCUGGGAUUCACCAUCUCUGGCUACAUAGGUGAUUUAAACUCAGUCUACAGUGCCGGUGUGAUUGUGAAGAGCAUAGUAAAGGGUAGCACUGUUGAUCAAGAGGGACGCAUCCACAUCGGAGACAUCAUCUUAUCUGUUGAUGGGGUGAGCCUGCAGGGCUGCAGUGAGCAGAGGGCCAUGGAGGUGCUCAGGAGAACAGGCUCCCUGGUCAGACUGAGGUUGCUGAGGAAGGCCAUCCAUCUGAGUCACAUCCUCCCCCCAGUUCCUCCCCUGCAGCCCCUUCGACACUCCCACAGCUUCCAUGAGGGAAAUCCCUACAGAGUGGGCCUCAACAAGAUUCAACAGACAGACGUGUUUCCUCGUCACCCAGGAAUCUGCUCUCUGCGUGAAAUCUCCAGGCGAGCAGCAUAUGCCAACAGACGACCCCAACAUGAUUCCAGAAACGGUGUGAAACUGACACCAGCUGAAGAGGGAGACCUGAAGAAGAGGUGGCAGCAUGCGGUUGGACCCCGAUAUGAAAUUAUUGUGUGUCAGCUGGAACGUUUCAGCGAGACAAGUGGCCUUGGCAUCAGUCUGGAGGCUCGGGCAGGGCAUCACUAUCUGUGCUCUGUCUUGCCUGAGGGGCCUGUUGGCCAAAGCGGCAAGAUCUUCACUGGAGACCAGAUACUGGAGGUGAAUGGGAUCCCUCUCAUUGGGGUGACACAUAAGGAGGUGGUCAAUAUUCUGAAGGAGCUGCCACUGCGCGUGUGCCUUGUGUGUUCUCGCAUUAUCCCCCCUUCAAUUCCUGACAGUGAUGAGGAUGAUGAUGAUGUUGGUCUUACCCUGAAAGAGCUGCUGGCUGAGUUUAAUGACAAGGGCUGUGUCAUUACUUGUCCUACGGCUAAGGACAUCACCAAGCGUGGUGUGCCCCCCAUGUCACCUCCUCUGGCCAUGUGGGAAAGAGAGGCUCAGGUGGUUGAGCUGGAGAAAGGCGAGUCGGGACUGGGCUUCAGUAUCCUGGACUACCAGGAUCCAGAAGAUGCCACUAAAACAGUUCUGGUAAUUCGGUCCUUGGUGCCUGGAGGUGUAGCCGAUCGAGACGGUCGCCUGCUACCUGGUGACCGACUUAUGUUUGUCAACGAUACUAACCUGGAAGGCGCCAGUCUGGAUUAUGCUGUGUACAUCUUAAAGUCUACCGGCUAUGGCCCUGUCUGCAUUGGCGUUGCCAAACCACUGCCGCUGGAACUGUGUGGAGGCUUAACACCCAUCUCACAGAGGAGCACAAGGGCUUCCUGCGAUGACGCUGACAGCCACACUCAGGUCAGCCUUCUAGCUGAGGCAGCCGAGGCUGACACCAACACUCACAGCUCUGAGGACGGCAGCAUCUUCCAGCCGUGUUACACUACGACGGAAAAUCAGCUGCGUAAUCGCUUCAGCAUCAUGGAAGAUGAUGACAGGCAGCAACCCCCACCUCUGCCCCCUCGCACCAGCUUUGAGAGGACAAUCACUGUUGUCCGGGGCAACCGUAGCCUUGGAAUGUCGGUGAGUGCUAUCAAGGACGGCUCAGGCAUGCUGGUGCGCAGUGUGGCCCAGGGGGGCUCUGUUAGCCAGGAUGGCAGGCUGGGGGUGGGGGACGCCAUCUUAUCCAUCAACGGAGAGCCUACCUCCAACCUAACCAGCACCAAGGCCAGGGCCAUGAUCCGCAAACACUCUGUCAUAGGGCCAGAGAUAAGUAUAACCUAUGUCCCAGCCCAUCAGGUGGAUGAGCACCGUACUCGACUGUCCUUACCCCCUCUGGCAUCCAUCACAGCAGACAGUGCCUCUUCCUCCCCCACCCCGCCAACACCUUCUCCUGAACCAGCAUCGGCCAGAUCUCCUGUUCCGGGAAGAGCCCCAGCUCCGACUCCAGCUUCGUCCACCCUCAAACCCUAUGCCUCAGUCAAAUUUAAAGCCACAGCUACAGAUCCAGCCACAGUCAAAGCCUCUGCUUCAUUCAAAGCUCCACUCAAAGACACAGCCAUAGUCCCCACCAUCACCCCAGCCCCAGACUCAAGUUGGCAGAUUCCAAAAUCUCUACCUCACAAGAAUAAAGAAGAAGGAAAAGAAGAUGGCAACACAGUGGAGGACAAAAAGGACAAGCUUAGUGCGGCUCUGAAAGCACCAAAGCUGGACACGGAGAUAAAGGUGGAUGAUAAGGACGAGGGAGGUGGGGAGCAGCAUUCUCAUACCACUGUGUCUUGGGAUCCACCUAGAAGUGUGCGGCUGACUCGAGCACCAGGCCAGUCCCUGGGUAUCAGUAUAAUGGGAGGCAGAGGCAUGGGCCGGAGACUGAGCAGUGGAGAGAUGAUGAGGGGAGUCUUCAUCAAGCACAUCAGCCCCGACAGCCCAGCAGCACAUAAUGGCACCCUCCGGACUGGAGACAGGAUACUAGAGGUGUGUGGUGUGGACCUAAGAGAUGCCAGCCACGAGGAGGCGGUGGAGGCCAUCCGCAGGGCUGGAGACUCUGUGGUCUUCCUGGUCCAGUCAGGACACCACAGAUCUCAGUCUCCUAUGCUCACCAACCAUGAGCGGCUAACUCCAACACCACAGUCCAACUCACUCAGCAACAAGGAAGCAGAUAUUCUCAGUGGUCUGUUCCUUAGUCUCUCUCCCACAAAUCCCUUCACUCCCACCCCCUUUAAGGUACCUUCGCCAACAUCCGAUAGAAAGGAUCGGAGAAGCCCCGUAAGUGUCAUGGCGCCAGUCACAGCCGCAGCCGAAGACAAGGAUGAUAUAGGCAGGAAAAAGAUGCUUCAGCGCUAUGGCAGCCUGCCUGGAAAGCUCCAUAUGAUUGAACUGGAGAAGGACCCCGCGGCUCACGGCCUGGGAAUCAGCCUCACAGGCAACAAAAAUGGCUCUAGGGCCCGCAUGAGUGUCUUUGUGGAAGAUAUCGACCCUCAAGGACCUGCUGGUUUAGAUGGGAGAAUACAGGUUGGAGACGAGCUACUAGAGAUCAACGGACAGAUCUUGUACGGCCGCAGUCAACAAAAUGCCUCGAAAAUCAUUAAUAAUACUCCAUCUAAAGUAAAGAUCAUCCUCAUCAGGCUUUGGUGUUGUUUUACUAGGAAUAAUACAGCUCUGGGUCAAACGGCCCAGGCAUCCCAAACACAGUGCAGUGACACAGUCGACUUCCAGAUAGACUCUGCAGAGCAUGAAGGAUUAUCCCCAGACAUCCAGCACAUCAUCCUACCUCAGGAUCAUGUAGGUCUUGGCCUUUGCAUGGCAGAGGAGGAGUCCAAGAAAGGACUGGUGGUCCGGUCCCUGAUCCAGCACGGCACUGCCAGUAAGGAUGGUAGAAUAAAGGUUGGAGACAGGAUCAUAGCAGUGGGUGAUGAACCUGUGGCUGGACUGCCAGUAGAUAUGGUGUCCAGUUUGAUUCUCAAACACCAAGUCGCCGUCAAACUCACCAUCAGCCGUCCCAAGAGUCUCUCCUCCUCCUCCACACUACCUCUGCCUUCUUCUCAUUCCCAUCCCUGUUCUCUGUCCCCUGCUUCCUCCCUAACCCUCCCUGUCUCCUCUUCCUCCUCUUCAUCCCUUAAUACUGCACAGGCCUCUCCCACAACGUGGUCUGAUUGGUUAGGAUCUGCUCACACAGGUUCUGACCCCUUGAGCUGUCCAGUUGUGCCUGGCAGGGAAACCACCAUAGAGAUCUGUAAAGGAAAUGUUGGCCUGGGUCUCAGUAUUGUAGGAGGAUGUGACACCCUGCUGGGGGCAGUAAUAAUCCAUGAAGUAAAUCAUGGCGGAGCAGCACAGAGAGACGGAAGGCUGCAGGCUGGAGACCAGAUAUUAGAGGUAAACGGUAUAAACCUGCGGCAGGCCACCCAUGAUGAGGCCAUUGGUGUGCUGAGGCUCACCACCCAGCGUGUUCACCUGUGUGUCUUCAGGCAGCAAGAAGCCUACAGGGAAGAGGACCUGUGGGACGUUUUCAGCCUCGAGCUCAGACCUCAUCCCGGGGAGGGACUGGGGUUCGCAACUGUAGGCAAGAGCAAUGACACGGGUAUCUUUGUGUCAGAUAUCAUCACUGGAGGCGUAGCAGAUUCAGAUGGCAGAUUGUUGCUAGGUGACCAGAUCCUGUCGAUCAACGGAGAGGAUGUCCGUGCAGCAUCACAGGAACAUGCUCAGAAGCUUUUACAGAGUUGCAGCGGAGCAGUCCAUUUGGAUGUGGCUCGUUUUAAACCUGGGGUGCAGCACUCACAGCGUAACCAGAGCGAAGACGCUGACUGUUCCACCCUGACCCCCUCAAGUGGUUGUGAUGCUUCACUUGGCCACCAGAGGGAGACAGAUACCAAAACAGGAAGCUACACAUUUCAAGACUACACUGACAUCAGAGGAGUAACUGUACAAAAGGGUCCAUGUGACUCCCUGGGCAUCAGUCUAGCAGGAGGAGUGGGCAGUCCCCAUGGCAACAUACCUCUUUUUAUUGCUACCAUGGAUACCAAUGGACUGGCUGCCAAAACACAGCAAUUACAGAUAGGAGACAGGAUCCUCAGUAUUAAUGAUGUGUCAACGGAGGGAAUGACUCAUGUGCAGGCCGGAGCCCUGCUGAAGAACGCCAUCGGAGCCGUCAGUCUGCAAGUGGCAGCAGGUUCUGGUGGAUGCAGCACACAGGACCACAGUACUAUCCAUGCCGGGUCGUCAGGCCAGCCCUGCAGCUUGCCCUGCUUUCACAGCAGUCUCUGCGCUCGCAUGUAUAAGACCGUCACGCUGGAGAGAAGCUCCUCAGGCCUGGGCUUCAGCAUCGUAGGAGGGUUUGGCAGCCCUUAUGGGGACCUGCCGAUCUACAUCAAAACUGUCUUCAACAAGGGAGCGGCCACAGAGGAUGGCAGGCUGAAACCCGGAGAUCAGAUAAUUGCUGUGAAUGGACACUGUCUGGAGGGUGUGACUCACGCUGAAGCCGUGGAUAUCCUCAAGAAGACCAAAGGAACUGUAGUGCUCACUGUACUCUCCUGAGACCUGGCCUCCUUUGUCCCAUUCUGAUUAUGUCUCAGCAAAGCGAUGCAGCUGCUUCUUGUAAAAGCGCUUCGCACAGAGGCAGACGUGGACAGUUCAAGUGAUAUAGUGUUCAUGAUAUGAAGAGUAGAAACUGUGAGUAUAGAUUUAUCUGCAUUUAGCUUAGGAAAGCUACUGCUGACUGCACACACAGCCCAGGUGUGUUUACAUGCACACAGUAUUCCCAGAAUAAACUCAGACACCUGUGCUAUGUGAAAUAACUCAUAAAAACAGGAUUCUUUAUCACCAUGGCAACGAUGCAUAUAGAAACCAACAGACCAAAAGCAGAUGAUAAAAUCAAGCCAUUACUGUGGUAUCCAAACUUAAGAAGUCUUAGUUUAAGGUUUUUUCCAUAGUAAAUAUGCACUGAUAUGCAUCACUUCCCAUGUACACACAUUCCUGAAUGAAUUAUCUUUCAAAACUGCUGAGUCUGUUGUCUGUAAUAACAAAUGCAAUAGAAAGAGUACUGAAGAAACAACGUGACAUCUAUUUACUUCUGUUUCUUGAAGAAAGCCGAUAAGCUCCUAUAAGGCCCCAGAAUAUGCCAAGUGCUUCUGCCAAUCUUUUGUAUGGCAAUAAGGUCUUAGGACAUUUGCUUUGAAAGACUGUUUAACUUUUAUUCCUCAUUCUCAUAUCCUAAUAAUUUUAAAUGUGUCAUGUUGCUUCAAUAAUUAUAGUAUUAUUAUAUGGUGAUAAUUUGUGCUCACCAGCUUCCAAAGCUGGUGAUGCUCACCACAUUAUGUAAAGCAUAAAAGUGAAAUUAAAAAAAAAUGUAUUUUGUCACAUCUGUUCAAAACCAGCUGCUAAUACCAGUUACUUAAAAAUAUCGUUUCUGCAUGUAACUGAUUAUUUAUUAUUGUUUUCGUAAUUAUAUUUGUUUUUUUUAGGACUUUAAGGGAUUGUUCUGGUCUAAUGUGCAAUCUUUAUUUAGGAACCUUCUCAUACCUGUUUUAUAUGAUUUUAUUUACACUGUGAUAAUUGUUUUCUUCAUUGCCAUUUGUAUGAUUUCACCUAUGUGAGUAGUCCUCAGAGCCAGGUUUUGUGUAACAUUGUAUAACUGCAUGU